UUCAAACUGAAGGCAGUCAUAGGGAAUGGUGUGCCAACCUGCUCUACACAUCAGGAGACACAACACUGACUAACCCAGGACUGGCACUGCACAGCUUCAUCCCACUACUGCCAGCCACCCGAGCCUGCACCCCAGGACUAACCCUGCACAGCUACACCCCACUACUACCAGCCACCCCGAGCCUGCACCCCAGGACUAACCCUGCAAAGCUUUAACCCAAUACUGACAGCCACCCAGAGUCUGCACCCCAGAACUGGCACUGCAAGACUGCAACCCUGAGACCCAGGGAUCCACCAAGGCUGCACCCCGAAUUCUGAGACCCAGGAACCUACCAAGGCUGCACCCCCAACUCUGAGACCCAGGGACCUACCAAGGCUGCACCCCCAACUCUGAACCCCCUGGGACCUACCAAGGCUGCACCCCCAACUCUGAACCCCCUGCGACCUACCAAGGCUGCACCCCCAACUCUGAACCCCCUGGGACCUACCAAGGCUGCACCCCCAACUCUGAUACUGAGGAUUCUCCUUUAAGGCUGUACCCCAGGAGUAACAGAGAAUUUAAUUCACUCAUUCCAGGACUGGAGUAGGACUCUACGAGGUGCAUACAGGAUUUAAACACUGGAAAUCCCAAGCCUGGCACAAGGGGCACCCAGAGAAUAACCCUGACUCCUCCACACUCACAUGCAAGGAGGGAAUGAACAUCACUCAGCUGACAGGGCGAAAUGGCAGCACAAGACCACAUUCUCCUUAUUUCCUUCCUCCAAACCGUGGGACUUCAGAGGGAGGAAAAGGAAGCAGAGUUCGCAGGAGCGAGAUGAGACUAUUAGCGUCUGCAGCCUUGAUGCAAGCGAUGAACCUAGUAGUAAGCGGGUCAAACCUCUGUCCAGAGUCACGUCACUUGCAAACCUCCUUCCGCCAGUAAGGGCGACGCCUCUAAAACGCUUCAGCCAAUCACUCCAACGCUCUAUCAGUUUCCGAAGUGAGAGUCGGCCAGAUUUGUUUACCCCACGACCGUGGUCAAGGAAUGCUCCCCCUGCAAUCACAAAACGAAGGGACAGCAAGCUAUGGAGUGAAACCUUUGAUGUUUGUGGCAAUCAAGUGCUCACUUCCAAGGAAAUCAAGCGCCAAGAGGCUAUAUUUGAACUAUCACAAGGUGAAGAAGACCUAAUUGAAGACUUGAAGUUGGCAAAAAAGGCAUAUCAUGACCCAAUGCUGAAACUCUCAAUAAUGACAGAGCAGGAAUUAAAUCAAAUAUUCGGAACUUUGGAUUCACUAAUACCUCUACACGAAGAUCUCCUCCGACGGCUCCGGGAAGUCAGAAAAGCAGAUGGUUCGACAGAGCAUGUUGGACACAUCUUAGUAGGCUGGUUACCCUGUUUAAACUCCUAUGACAGCUACUGCAGCAAUCAGGUGGCAGCCAAGGCCCUGCUAGAUCACAAAAAGCAGGAUCACCGUGUACAUGACUUUCUACAGCGCUGCUUAGAAUCACCAUUUAGCCGUAAACUAGACUUAUGGAAUUUCUUAGACAUCCCAAGAAGUCGACUUGUGAAGUAUCACUUGCUACUGAAAGAAAUAUUGCGGCACACUCCAAAUGACCACCCUGACCAGCAGCAUCUGGAGGAGGCAAUUAAUAUCGUUCAAGGAAUCGUGGCUGAAAUAAAUAUAAAAACAGGGGAAUCUGAAUGUCAUUAUUAUAAGGAAAGGCUGAUUUACCUUGAUGAAUGUCAAAAAGAUCCUCUGAUUGAUCAUUCACGAGCACUUUGUUGCCACGGAGAGCUGAAAAACAAUAGGGGGGCAAAAUUUCACGUCUUCUUGUUCCAAGAUGUCUUGGUGAUCACAAGAACAAUAACCCAAAAUGAGAAGCUUUACUAUCAGCUCUACCGGCAGCCCAUCCCAGUAAAAGAUCUAAUUCUAGAAGACUUACAAGAUGGGGAGGUGCGCCUGGCAGGAUCUUUACGCGGUGCCUUCAGCAAUAAUGAGAGAAUAAAAAACUUCUUCAGAGUGAGCUUAAAAAGUGGAAUACAGUCCCAUUCUCUCCAAGCGAACGAUAGUUUUAACAAACAACAGUGGGUGAACUGCAUCCGACAAGCCAAGGAGUCUGUUUUAUGUACUGGCGGAGAGGACAUUGUAGCUCCAGAAGUACAGCUUUUAGUAUCUCCAGAUGUAAACAGAGAUUCUCAGCCGUCAACUAGGUUUGAACAAAUGGACCAAUCAGACAGUGUUUCAGACUGCAGCAUGGACACCAGCGAAGUUAGCAUGGACUGUGAGCAUAUGGAACAGACAGACUCUAACACACACCGCAAACACACUGAGAGCAAUGUUUGACUGCUGGAAAGGUCUCAAAUUACCUGUACAGUAUUCGCAUUCCACAAAUGGAGCCGUUUUAAGAAGCACUUUUGAAACCAUCAACACGUUCUAUGCUUGUAUUGUUCGUUGACAAAUAGGACUGCAGCCGUGAAUCUAGCCUUUGACCUUGGAUCGGAACCACUUUUUAUCGUCUGGUCAAUUUUUUGUGAAUUGUGGUGUUUAAGAAAUAUUACUCAACCUAUUUUUGCAUUAAUGUGCUGUCAAGAUUAAAUGGACACUCUAGAGCCUGUGCUGUCCAGUAGUUCAGUGCUGACAGAUUUUGAAUAGUUGAAUAUGGAGCGCAGGUAUUGCCAAAACAUCAGGCCCAGCAGCGGGUAGCUGGGGCUCCUCAUUGAUGGUUAAACGUAUGGAAAAUAGUUUAAAAUGUAACUGUAGGAUGGUGUCUGGAAAUCCCGUGACACCAUAAUACAGCUAUACAUUGUAAAAUAUUUACCGCCUUGAUGGGAUGAUGCGUUUAUGGCGCUUAGUGUUUUUUUAAAUCUCUUAAGAUACAACUGCUGUGGGUUUGUGUAAUAUACAGAGGAAGGGUGUGUUUACUGUAAAACUGAUACUGUUUUUUCAUGCAGCAGAACACUGUCUUACAAUACUUCCCCAAGCUUGUGGAUUUUAUUCACUAACAAGGUGCACAAAUUAAAGAUAACUCAUAGCUCUUAAGUUUUCCCAGGUUUGACAUUGCGCCCCCGCCUAUUUUCAGUGUGCCAACUCUAUAACUCCACCUUUAGUGAAUAGUAUUGGAUAUACAGAGUUUGGAAUAUUACAAAUAUUCUACUUGCUAUUGUGCAGGACAAAGAAUUGAAAACCAUUUCUAGACAAAAUUAUUUCAAGGAAAGGUGAUUAGCAAUAUCCCUGUAAGUCAUAAGCUAAAAUUAAGGAAAACGAGAUAUGUCUCAGUGAAGGUUAAACUUUGAAAACCUGAUCACUGCAUACCAAACCAAAUCUCUGAAUUAAUCCUCUCAAAUCUGAAGCAGCCAAAUAGUGUUUUGUACUAGAAAUGGAUUUCAAAUAUUAAAAGAGUUUGGCCACAAAUCCAACAACUUGAAAUUGGACAGAUAUAUGCACAGUGUAUUUUUUCUGUUUGUCUGUUCAUGGUGUAUUCCUGGCCAGAAAACCUGAAAUGAACAAUUGGUUCGGAAUAUUGCACUUCUAGGACAUUUUACUUUGUGCUUUGAGUACCUCAAUGGAUUGUGUCAAAUAUCUGUUUGGUAGGGUAAGGUGGG